GAAGUGAUAGUUCAAUGAACUCCUCCAAAUGAAGAAAAAAUACAUCUCUUGAAAGUAUCUCCUAAAAUGUGCAAAUCUCUAAAGAAACAGGAUUAUAAUAAAAUUUGACUCCACUCCAUAUUUUAUGUGUUAAUUGGUCAUUUUAAUGAUGUCACAGACUAAAUGUGAUGCAUGUUGCCAUGGUGACUGCCAUGGUUUUUGAAACUCUUGGUAUUUACUCCAGAGACUGAGUAUGAGACUCUGGUCUCCCCCUGCUGCAGGCCUUUUCCUCCAUCAUGACUGGUUCAACUUCCUGCAUCUGCUGCUGUUCUCCACAUAUUACAUGCUGUGUUUAGAAAUGUAUUCAUAAAACCUCAGACAGACGUGAACGAUGAUCAAUAGUAUUGAUUUUCUUUUUAUUUUAAAUAAGAAAAGAGACUAUUUUUGCAUGGUCGUGUAUUAGCUGUUCACCAAGCAGAGCAGAGCCCGACUGAAACUGGCUGCAGAGAGGAAGACAGUCAGUCAUUUCAUGCAAACGUCUGUGGAGCAACAGCUGAUUUCUGCUGCACUUUACUGACGGUGUGCAGAGCUGUAAGUGUUUUAAAAGGUGCAGCACAGAGUCAGUGGGCUGCUCUGUUAUUUCUAGAAAUACAAAUUCAGCCUGCAGUUUUAAUAAGCCCUGAAAUAAACCAGACAGGAAGAGGAAGUGCUGACCGACGUGAUCAUUAUGAGUCGGUGUGAAGAACUUCACUCCAGUAACGCUGAGCGUCAUGGAGGUUACAUCUGUCUGCUUCUUGAUGAACAUGUUUGUUCUGCUGACUGAACAAACUGAACCGGCUGAAAACGCUGAUGCAUCUUUCCCGGAUAUUUUUCCAAGGAGACUUCAGUUCUUUGAGUAUGAGUCCAUUACUGUCCAGUGUGAACUGAUGGAAGAUGCAAAUGUCUGGAGAGUAAUGAGGGAGUUUCACAAAUCCAGACCAACAAACUCUUCAGACCCCUGCAGCUCCCCAGCUCCAUCCUGCACCAUCAAACCGGCCUUGGAAAAACACAGUGGAGAGUACUGGUGUGAAAACGACCUGGGGGAGACGAGCCGGACCCUCAGCGUCUCUAUUACAGCUGGUCUGGUGAUCCUGGAGGUUCCAGUCCAACCAGUAGCAGAAGGAUCAGAAGUGACACUUCGGUGUAUCCACCAGAAAACUGAGCUGCAUCACAUCAGAGAUUUCUAUAAAGAUGGUCUCCAUCUCAUGACCUGCUACAGCAGCAACAGCUACAUGACCAUCAGAAACGUCUCCAAGGCCGAUGAAGGGAACUACAGCUGCAGCAUCUCUGGAGCCGGAGAAUCUCCUGACAGCCGGCUGGCUGUUCACAGAACACUCACAGGACCAACUGAAGAAACUCCUGUUCAGUGUGAGCAGAACAAAACCUUCAGUCUGGAGUCGGCUGUCAGAGUCGUGUUAUUUGUCUUGUUGUCUCUGGUGACUGGAGUGAUUCUCUACAAGCUGAGAAAAGGAGCAGAACCACAGACAGCGUCAGUCCAUGUCUGUCAGAGGAGGAAACGCAUCACUGACAGGAAGUAAACCGACAGCUUGAACUUCUGAGAUGCAAAAUAUGAUCAAAAUGUGUCAGGAAGCAUAAAAAUGUUAAUAAACUUAAAUAGUUUUUCUCUUUUAUUGGCAAAUCCAUUUCUUUUAGAAUCAAAAUGGAUUUAAAUAAUUAAAACUUUGGUUCUCAAUAAAGUUUUUUUAUUUUAGAUAUGAUGUAUUAUAUUUUCCAUAACUUGACCAGGUUGUCUUUAACUCAUAGUGCAUAUUAAAUAAAAUCUUUAAUCAUUGACCUUUAAAGGUGUGAAUCAAAUAAAAACAGCUGUGCAUUCAUUUCUUGUCAUGAUUUCUUGUAUUUCAUAUUGUUGAGUUUAUAUAUUAUUCACUGUAACAGAAAACUGUGAGAAUAUAACAACUAUUUUAAAAAUUAAUUUGAACAUAAUUUCAUCACAACGAUCAGUUACAAAUAUCAGGUUAUAUAUGACAAUAUUAAGAGAUUUCAAAUGAAUUGUUUUGUUCUUUCACAAGUUUUCGCAGUUAUUUAUUCUUGUAGUUUGUUUUAAAUAAGAUCAACUGUAUGAUAACUUUUGAGCCUUUUAUUUUGGUUAAAUUGAGGAUCAUGUUCCUGAUGGACUCUAUCACUAUUUAAAGAAAAUGGCACACUUUAAAAAAUACAUUGGUAAAUACAUGAAAGAUAAUAGAAAUAAAAAAGGUAAAGAAAUACAAAAAAGCUUGAAAAAACAAACUUCAUAUUAGCAAAAAAAAAGCAAAUGGUAGCUAUAAUUUUUACAUCUUGCACAUUAAUUAAUGUUUUGUAGUUUCUUCUACAGUAGAAAACUUUACUGGUCAACAUAGAUGGAAACAUCAGAGGUCAUUAAACUGAAUUUAUCUGCUGAUAUAAAUAAAUUAGAUUCUCUCACUUUGUCCUGAAACUGAACCCAGAGAAAUUUAGAGGAUAAAAGAAAA